AUGAAGAGUACGGUAAGAAAAUCUCACUAUCGUUCAUUUGGUACAAAUAUGCGGAUUACGGCAAAAGGUAUGGGACCGCCACCAAUGUUACUCGAUUUAUCAGAGCUGCGAGAUGAGCUCCACAAAAUUGGACAUCCGAAUGAGUUGAGCAUUGAAAUACUGACGCAGUUGAUUGAUACGGGUCUUAGCGAUGAACGUUUCGCCGACGUGAUAGUAUCGUUAUGCAAUGAAUUAAGCGCUCUGUACGGACUUGAGGAAACAGUUCGUCCUUUGCGCGAAGCUGAGAACAUCGAAUUCUUCAUGCUUGAGCUUAGCUCAUUACUCAACGAGCUUGAAUGCCCAAUCGACGCACUAACGUCAGGUCCGUUAAGCGAACGGCUAAAUUCAGUGGAAAGUCGUCAAAAAUUACUGCGUUUCUUGCUAGCACAAAUGAAGUGUGCACGACUCACCGCAUUGAAACGAGAAGAAGAUGAACCGAUGGAACUGAGGAAAAGUGAUACAACGCUGUGUAUAGAGGCCGCAAUGAAAGCUUUAUCUAUGCCGAAACCGACUGCCGAUAUUACUGUGGAACAACUGUUUACACAGUUAGGUGCACAGGUUAAAAAUCAAUUCGCGAAAUGUGUCGUAAGACCGAAACCUCUAUUAACAGCGUCGUUAAAGCCUUCUCAAUGGUCACGUAUCGGAGAACUAAACGAACGUCUUCGUGAGGAAUAUCGAAAUAGAAUGCAUUUGUUGCUGAAACGUCUCGACGUCACAAUACAAUCAUUUCUUUGGUCAGAUCGUAUCAAGAAAAUGGAGAAUCAAGUGAAUGAUGCAUAUCGCAGUAAACGUGAUCGCAUUGUACCAUCGUCAAACGUUACAAUUAGUGACUUGCUUGCAUCAACUGCGGAUUUGUUAACUGUCGAAAAAAUGAGUAGCGGUAAGGAUCGCCAACGAACCGCCACUCGACUCAAUAAGGUGUUAAUGGCCGAAAGGCCAGGUGAUCGUGGCGGACGUCCUUCCGAGUUACGCGCUCCACCACCUGAGAUGCCACCGUGGAUGAAGGAUCGGGCACCAGAUUACGGUGGUGGAGGAGGGGGUAGGGGUGGACGUGGCGGAUACAGUAGUGGUGGUGGGGGUGGUUAUCAAGGCGGAGGUGGAUAUCAAGGUGGAGGAGGAUAUCAGGGCGGAGGUGGAUAUCAAGGAGGAGGGGGAGGAUAUCAGAGUGGUGGAGGUUACCACGGUGGUGGUGGUGGAGGUCGCGGGCGUGGUUAUGCCGGAUUCGAGGACCAGGUAAUGCGUGAAUAUGAGUCAUCAAACCGUAGUCACGGAGGAGGCCAGAGAGGUGGUUAUCAAGGACGAGGACGUUCUCGUGGUGGUGGUGCAGCUCGUCUACGAGAGUUACGAAUAGAGGAUGAGAGCAAGGCACGUAAAAUCGUUGCAAAGUUGCUACCCGAGGAACGACGUAGAUUACUGUUUGCAAUUGAUGAAAUUACUGGAGAACAACCGAUUGUUGAUAGUGGCAAGUUGACACGAAAGGAAAUGAAACAACUGUUUGUUAUCAACACAUUACCGUUCAUUGGUUUCGGUUUUCUUGAUAAUAUGGUGAUGAUCAUUGCUGGUGAAUACAUUGAUCAGACAUUGGGUGCAUGGCUUGCAAUCUCAACAAUGGCCGCAGCAGCACUUGGUAAUUUGAUAUCGGAUGUGGCUGGUGUUGGUUUCUCUCAUUACGUCGAAUUUGCUGUCUCAAAGUUUGGCAUUAAACACCCAGUGCUCACAUCUGAACAGUUGGAGUCGGGGCUUGCUCGAACGAUCGUGAACUUAGGUCGUGCAUUUGGCCUUAUAAUCGGUUGCCUUGUGGGGAUGUUCCCAUUACUUUUCUUUGACGCUCCACCGUCAAGAUGA